AAAUUGUGUCAUUAUUACUAUAUAGACUAUCCGACGUAUUCACCUAGAUUCUAACGCCAUAGGAGAAGAAGGUGUUCAAUAUAUUGCUGGAGGCUUGAGAAAUAAUACGGUAACAUUGAUGUCUAUGUAUUUCAUUCUCGAUUUAUUUUUUACAACAAAAAGACACUGAUUUACCUUGAUCUAAGAGACAAUCAAAUCGGAACCAAUGGAGUACACGUUCUGAGCAGUGAAUUGCAAGAAAAUACGGUAACUCUCUUUUCACAUUGACGCACAGUUGUUUUUUCAUUGUUAUUAAUUAUAUAGACAAUUCAACAUAUUAAUCUAGAAAAAAAUGGAAUCGGAGAAGAUGGUGCACGAUAUAUAGCUGAAAUGAUAACAUCUAUUAAAGUAAUUCUUCAUCUGAUUUUUCUACGACUUGCAUGUACUUUUACUUAUAUAUUGACACCAUAAGACACUUACUGGACUGAGUCUUGGGAAGAAUCAAAUCGGAAUUCGUGGAGUUCAAUAUCUGAGCAAUGCAUUAAAACAAAAUAUGGUUACUAUUAAUUAUUUCUAUUAUAUUCAAAAAAUCGAUUUAUCCUUAUUAUAUAGGUAAUCACACAUAUUCAUCUCGAUGAGAAUGAGAUUGGUGAUGAAGGUGUGCGAUUUCUAGCUGACGCUUUAAAAAAUCAUACGGUAAUUUUCCAAUAGAGAAUUCUUUGUUUCACUAUGUGGCUUAUGCUUGUUGUUUUCAUCGAAAAAAGAAACUUGUUUCCCUUCAACUUGGAGACAAUAAAAUCGGAGAUAAAGGAAUAGAAUAUCUAAGCAACGUAUUACGAAACAACACGGUAACUUUUAAUUAUUCAUACUAUACGCAACGAGUUAGUUGAUGAAUUUUUUACAUAGAAAAAUUGCGGUAUUCAUCUAGAAAACAAUGAAAUAGGUGAUGAAGGUGCACAAUUUCUUGCUGAGGCUUUAGUCAAUAACACGGUACUUCGUUUACUUGUUCUUGGAGGAAAUCACAUUGAAACCAAGGGAGCACAAUAUCUAGCCGAUUCACUUCGAAACAAAAUGAAACUAACUACACUUGAUCUCAGAGACAAUAAAAUUGGAGACCAAGGAGCACUUUAUGUAGCCGAUGCUUUACGGGACAAUAUGGUACUGAGAGUGUUAAAUCUUAGUUCCAAUAAAAUUAGUACAACAACUGCAAAUCAUCUCUAUGAAUGUUUUCAAAAUAAAAAUAAACUUGGGCAGUUCGAUCUAACAGGUAAUGAAGAAUGUGAUGCUGUUGCUAUGAAUGCAAGUUUUCAAAUACGAAACAGCAAGUCUGUUCAUAAAUUAAAAUUAAAUCAAAAUCGAAUUACUAAUAUAGGUGCAGCAUACAUAGGUGAUAUGUUAAAAGAGAACAAGGUACUUAAAGAAUUACAUCUUGAUAGCAAUAGUAUUACAGGACAAGGAGCGAAACAUCUUGCCGAUGCACUGAGUAAAACAAAGACACUGACUACACUUAAACUUCGUGGAAAUGAAAUCGGACCUUCAGGCACAAAAUAUUUAAUAGAUGCUCAACAAAAUCGAACAGUUAGUCCUUGUUAA